ACAGGAAGUGUUGUUGCAGCGUGACGCUGUUGCGGCUGGUCGCAGACAGCAAACAUGGACGUCACACGUAAAAGAACGACCUGAACCGGAUCCAGAGACCAGCGGGAGCAGACAGCGGAUCCCGCACGUAUUUCAGCAGACUACUCUCUUUGUGUGAAACAUGAGCUGAACUUUGGUGGCAGCAGAUAUUUCCUGCAGUCAACAGGUGAAGACAGGUGGAGUGGAAGACAGACAGACGGCAUGACCGAGGAGAAAUGUCCCCAGCUGGUGGACUACUUCGUAGUAGCAGGUCUCGACCCUGCGGGGGCCUGGAGGCCCUUGGACGAGGAUGCCAAAACCUCCACCUCCUCCUGCUCUUCCUCGUCCUCAUCCUCGUCCAGAGCAGUGGAGUCGGUGACGGAUCUGGCGGUGAUCGCCCGGGGACUCGGCGAGGAGGUGCCAGAGGGCUUCACCUGCAUCGAGAGGACGCUGGGCGGACACUCGGCCGAGCUGAGCGCCGGCCUCAUCAACAACCCUCACCUGUACCUGUGCUACCGCCGAGGACGGGACAAGCCGCCCAUCCUGGACCUGGGGGUUCUGUAUGAGGGGAAGGACCAGCUGAAGCAGAGCUGGUACGUCAUCGAGACAACGCCCUACAGCCGCUCGGCCAGCCUGUGCUCUGGCGGCGCCCCGACCGCUCACCGGGUGUUCCUGACGUACCGACGGGCUCUGGACUCGCAGGGCCUCCACAUGCUGGGCGUUACGGACAUCGGCCUGCUGCUGCCCAGCAAGGGAGAGGUCGCCCCGCACACCUUCUGUCGCGUGGACAAGAACCUCAACACCGGCAUGUGGGGUCCAGCUCUGUAUGUGUGCUACAAGAGAGCUGUGGCCAAAGCCAAUGCCCUGCUCUACAAAGCCAGUCUGAUCAGCCGCUACCCGGAUGAGGACCUGGAGGCGUUUCCUCUGCCGGAGUCGGUGCCGGUCUUCUGUCUGCCGAUGGGCGUCACCGUGGAGAGCUGGCCUCUGAACACCAAGUACCAGCUACCUGUCUUCUCCACCUUUGUCCUAACCUCCGCCUCUGGGGACAAGGUUUACGGAGCAGCCAUCCAGUUCUACGAGUCCUUCUCCAGAGAGCUGCUGUCAGAGCGGCAGAGUGUGAGGCUCGGCCUCCUCAGCGUGGUCGACCGGCGACCGAUCACCAACCGCAGCCUGCAGGUGAAGAAGAGCAUCUGUGUUCUCUCCCAAUGGCCCUUCUUCACCGUCUUCCAGAAGUUCCUUACCUUCAUCUACAGAUACUCCAUCUCCGGGCCCCACGUGCUACCGCUUGAAAAACACAUCUCCAGCUUCAUGCACAAUGUCCCGUUUCCUUCCCCUCAGCGGCCGCGAAUCCUCGUUCAGCUCUCUCCGUAUGACAACCUCCUACUCUGCCAGCCGGUCUCCUCCCCUCUCCCACUCAGCGGUGCCAGCUUCCUGAAGCUGCUGCAGAACCUCGGUCCAGAGAACGCCUGCACGCUGCUGCUUGCUGUCCUCACGGAACACAAACUGCUGCUUCACUCGCUCCGCCCCGACGUCCUCACCUCCGUCAGCGAGGCCCUCGUCUCCAUGAGCUUCCCCCUGCGCUGGCUCUGCCCCUACAUCCCUCUGUGUCCGCUGCAGAUGGCCGACGUGUUGCUGGCUCCGAUGCCCUUCAUUGUGGGCGUCCACUCCAGCUACUUCGACCUGUACGAUCCCCCCACUGACGUGGUGUGUGUGGACCUGGACACCAACACCAUCUUCCAGUCAGAUGAAAAGAAGCCGUUGUCGUGGCGAUCGUUACCUAGGAAGCACGGCAAGACUCUGUUCAACAGCCUCACCGUCCUCCACAAGACCCUGGAAAAGAUCUGCACUCCCGGCCAAGAGGAGGCCACCCUGGAGUUCCUGCUGACCGACUACGAUCAGAUCUACCGGAGUCAGAAGCAGCUGGAGCUGGAGAUCCAGGAGGCGUUCCUCCGCUUCAUGAGCUGCCUGCUGAGAGGAUACCGGACCUUCCUGCUUCCUAUCACCCAAGCUCCCUCAGACACCACCACGGACUGCAGCUCUCUGUUCAACCUGCAAGGGUUCCUGAAGUCUCGGGAUCGAACGCAGCAGAAGAUCUACAGUCAGCUGACGAGGACUCAGAUGUUCACUCAGUUCAUUGAGGAGUGUUCCUUCGUCAGCGACCGGCACGCCUGCCUCGAGUUCUUCGACGAGUGUGUCCAAAAGGUGGAUGUGGAGAAGCCGGAGGAGGUGAGGCUGAUUGAUCUGGAUGAGACUCACGGCGGAGAACACACAGUCUUCAUCAUGCCUCCUGAGGAACCACAGGAACCAGACGGGUCCGAGUGUCCAGCCCUCUACAGUUAUGAAACCUUCCCCACAUUGAAGCCGGAGCUCUUUGACCGACCCCAGGACCAGCUGCGGGUACCGACGAAGGGCAGCGCCCCCAGCAGCCCCGCACCCCGCCGCACCAAACAGGAGAUCAAGUUGGCCCAGAAGCGAGCUCAGAAGUACUCUGCGGUGCCAGACAUGUGGUCCAAGUGCCUGCUGGGUCACUGCUACGGCCUCUGGUUCAUCUACCUGCCCACCUUUGUUCGGGCAGAGACUGCCAAGGUGCGUGCGCUGCACACGGCCUACGACGUCCUCAAACACAUGGAGAACCGAAAGGUGGUUCUGCCGGACGAGGUGUGUUACAGGAUCCUGAUGCAGCUGUGUGGUCAGUACGGUCAGCCGGUUCUUGCUGUUCGAGUCCUGCUGGAGAUGAAGAAGGCUGGAAUCACACCGAACACCAUCACCUACGGAUACUACAACAAGGCCGUGCUGGAGAGCAAGUGGCCGUCUACCAGUCAGGGAGGACGUCUCCGCUGGGCCAAGCUGAGGAACGUCCUGUUGGCUGUGGCUCAGUUCAGACGGCCAAUCAAACGCCGUCAGAAGAGCGGAUCAGUGGGGUCACGAGAAGCGACGAUGGACCCCGACCAGAGGCCCCUCCCCCACUUGACUCUGAUUCGUCAAUCCAGUUGGAGUGUUAUGUCCGAGAGCUGUAGUCAUGAGUCUCUGACGGGCUCGCUGUUGAAGAGCAGCAGUCUGAGCAGCAUGAAGACGCCGACAGACAAGGUGAAGCUCUGCACGAAGACCAUCCUCCGUAAUGCAGGGACCAAUGGUUGCGGUGACUCCGUCUCCUGUAAGCCUCCGAUGGGACACAGGGACACCUCCAACACGCCUGCGGCACCCCCCGGUGGCCUCCUGGUCCGGCGGAGUCAGGUCUGCCUCUCCACCUUCUACAAAGACUGUGCAGAAUCUGCCGACUCUGAGCCGGACUGCAGCUGCCAGCCGGCAGAAAGAGGCGGCAGACCUGCAGGGACACGAGACUCUGCUGGCAGGAAUAAAGCCGUGGACGAGAACUACAACAACGUCUCAUCCCCUCCCCGAGGAGGUCUGGCAGGAAAGCUCCAGCAGCUUCUCACUCCGACGAGACACAGAGUGUCUGUUCGACGAGCCGCCAGCGUGGAUGACCGGAGACCAGGAGGAGGGGCAGGACGAAGGGUGUCUGAACCGAGGCAGUCCAGGAAAGCUCAAGUGGCUGAAACGUUGCUGAAAGCCAAGGAGAGGCUGGUCAGCGCUACCUCAGAGAGUUCGUUGUCUGUAGGAAGUGACCUUGACUUGACGGACACACCCUAUCCAGGCUUUCCUCUGCGACAGUCCUGGGACGCCAACCAAGAGGGAACGGGGCUGGAGGUGUUGAUGUCCAGCUGCUCUCUGUGUCGCAGCUGUAACUCGUUGGUUUAUGACGAGGAGAUUAUGGCCGGAUGGACGUCGGACGACUCCAACCUGAACUCGUCCUGCCCGUUCUGCUAUGCAUCCUUCGUCCCCUUCCUGAAUGCUGAGAUCUGUGACCUGGGACCUGUUGGCAGGGUUCAGUCGGUGAAUCCCAGUGGUGGAAAGUCUCUUUUUACGGACCUCACAUCGGAUCAGGAAAAACUCCCAACUCCUUUCAGGGUAAAAAAGUCUUCUUCUUUGUCCUCUUCUGUGAGUGUGGAGCGCACCAACUGGAACGUGGAGGAUGAGGUGGAGAGCGCUGUGAGGCCCCCCAGUGGUCAGGAGGCCUCCCUGCGAAACCCGUGUAACGGUCUGAGUGAAGACUCGAGCUCCGAGACCAGCAGCUACUCAGAGAACAGCAGAACCACCACGGCUUCCUCUGUGGGCGGCGCCCCCCAGGUGACAGUGGCCUACCUGAGCCCUCUGGUCCUGAGGAAGGAGCUGGAGAGUCUGCUUGAGAACGAGGGCGAGGCGGUCCUGGCCCAGCCUCAGUUCCUGGAAAACCACUCCAUCAUCUUCUGGAACCUGGUGUGGUACUUCCAGCGCCUCGGUCUGCCCAGUAACCUGCUUCAGCUGGUCAGGGCCUCCCCACUGGUCAGCCAGUUCACACAGUUGGAGAACUCGGCAGUAAGGGUGAGGCUCCUCUGGGACACUCUGUCCCCCGACACAGACCAGUGGCCCCCCCUCUACAUCCUCUGGAGGAUCCACAGCGGCGUCCCGAUGAGGAGCUACAGCUGGCGUAGACACAACCACCCGUUCACGCUGUCCUUCCUGGAGGAGGUGCUGCGCUGGGUCGGCAUGAACGAGGUGCACAAAGCUAUCGCCCUCUUCCUGGAUACGCUGGCCAAACAGCCGGGCUCCGCCUGGACUCAGAGGAGUUUGUACAGAGAGUUCCUCUUCCUCACACUGGCAGCUAUGGGCAAAGACCACGUUGCUGCAUUCGAUAAGAAGUACAAGGCGGCGUACUCUCGGCUCAGUGGCACUCUGGGUCGAGAGGAGCUCCGUAGGAAGCGAGCUCAGCCUCCCAGCCCCAAAGCCAUCGACUGCAGACGCAGCUUCCACCCGCCGCUCGAGUGCUGACUAUCUGGAAACAUAAGGUCCAGCAGCGUUCAUCCCUUUGAGGGGGAGGAGGAACCCUAACUCCCCGCUGCCUUCGCCUGCUUGAUUCCUCACCUCUCCGCUGCCUCCUGGUGGAUGUCGGAGUGUUGCGCUCCUUCCUGUCCUUUGUAGCUCUGUUUGCCUCGUCGAUGUGAAUCCAGCGCCCUUCAUCUUCAUCAUCUUGAAAGUUGAUGCGGCUGCAGCAGGCGGAGCUAAUCUGGACUGAAAUGCAUUCUGAGCCAAGAACUAUGCAUCAUCUGAAGGAAAGGAGGUUGAUGCAUGUCCAGAAGAAUCUGCUGAGUCGCUGUGAACUUUGUGUUUUUCCCUGUUUGUUAAAAAUCCAGAUCGGAGAGAGUUUUAACCACAGUAGUUGUAUGAUGUCAGAUAUACUGUCAGCAGUGUGACCAAGGAUUACAGUUAGGAUUUUAUUUAGAAAAAAGGUGGUAGAAGGAUUGAAGAGGCAGAGUCGAGAUCGAUGAAACUCGAUUUAAAACGAAGCCGCAAACCUCAAAAAGACUUAAAAGUCUGUCUCUCUGUGAGUGUUUGUCUGGCUGAAGGUUUGUUACAGGAAGUGGGGUCAGAAACAAAUCACCAAACAACAAGCUGUGACUUUCAUCCCUUAACCAUCUCUUUUUGUUGAGAAUGUCGACAUGAAGCUACUGAGAGAGAAGAGCUGGAUCCCUCCCAACAGAAUAAAGAGGACUGUUUUAAUAUACAGCUCCAACAGAGUUUAGAGGUUUUGAAACUGAACGGAUGUCAUUAUCGUCCCUCAAAGCGGACAAGAAGCUCAUACGGCUUCUUCCGGAACACAGACUGACAGAUUCACUAAUGUCUCAGUUUAAAGGACGUUGGUCAGUUGGUCCGACCAACACUCAGUAUCUCUGUAGAAUCUCUUCAAGCUUCUUCCAACCUUGUUUAGCUUUUUCCCAUUAAACGUUUUUGAUUGUUUAAUGAAAAUGUCUCAAUGAAAAGAUGAGAAGAAACUUUAAUGAUCAGUAAAGAAGUAGUUCCCAGAUGAAAGUGAGCAGUAAAUAUAGGGCUGUCCUUCGCUGACUCAGCAUUUAGUCAAUUCAUUGAUUUAGAUUGGUAAAACUCUAUUAUUAUAUAUCCACAUUUUAAACCUUACGUUUAUCAGAAGUCUUUUAGAAAGAAAUAUCGAAAACAACUAAAGAAGUCUGAGUGGAUCUAAGAGUCGGAGGCAGCCCUGGUUAAAUACACUCUUUUGAUCAGCUUUGUUAAGCUUUUCAUCGAAGAAAGAAAGCGUCCUACUUGGAGGUCACAUGACACCUGAGGAGGUCUAUUUACUGAUGAAGCCCAUGAGAUGCAGCUGAAACCCCUGAAGACCCAGCAAGUGGAGCUUUGAGCUCAGAUUAAUCUAAAAAAUGUACAUUCAUCGUAUCCAGACAUUUUGGUUGAGCUUCACCACGAGACCUGAACCGGGGCCGCGAUACCAUGUGAUGCGAAUCCUCAGAUAUCGUUUCCAUUCUACGUGUCCCGUCACAAUAAAACCUUCCAGGGCCAUUAAACGUGGUUAUAAUGCCGUAUGACUAAUGAGCUGAUAGAAUUGUACGUUAGUUCUGUUCCCGACAUUGUAACCCGGAUAUCGUAAUUGGACGUGUUAUUUAUACAGAAACUUUCUGAUCUUUGUCCAGUUCUUCAAUCGGACUUUCAUCAGAGAGUUGUGUUUGUGAGUCUGGGACAUCCAGGAUGUCAGCUGCCCAGUUCGUACAGAUUCAUACUUGUUUCUCUGUAACUCUUUAAUUUAAUGUCUCGGACUCAGUUUCGUGUUUCAUGAGGGAAUAACCCUGAAAGGAGAGGAGUCUCAUCAUCAGGGAUUCUAUUAAAAGAAGAAGGUUCAUCUCCUGCUAGGCUCUGGAGCAAAAGUAGACUGAAUCUGCAGUUUGCAUUAAAAUAUCAACUUGGACUAAAAGAAUUUAAAAAAGGCUGCUGUUAAAAAGAGUUGUUUUAAUGUGAGUGAAGGUGUUUCACUGCAGAAUGAAACCAUGUUCUCCUCAGAAUACUCGGAGUAAAGUACCACACUGUAUAUUUAAUGCACCGGACUGCAGGUUUUUCAGGUUUCAAUUGAAGGGAGUUUGACUUGAAUGUGUUGCCGGUUGUUUUUUGAGUUGAAUAACAGUCAGAGGAGAGAAGUAUAUUUAAAAUAGAUAAUUGUGUUUGCUGUUGUAAUUUAUAUAUGGUUGUUAUUUCAAAUGGUUUUUUUUAAGAAAACAAAAAUAAAAGACAGGGAUAAAACCAGA